AUGCUUUCUAGCGAGGCGCAAACUCCCGACUUCCGACAGAACCACAAUAGGAUGGCCGGCCAUGCCUCGCCAUCGGUCGUAGUUGAUACUUCAACUGAUCCGGUCGAGAUCACGACCGUACAGAAGAUGCUCUCGGCCACAUCGGGUAGCUUGAUCACUGGUUUGUUAGUAACACCUCUCGAUGUAGUGCGAGUACGAUGGCAAGCUCAAGGCCUUUCUAAGCCGCCACCACAACCCCUAACCGCCGACUUUUCCAAGCUCUUACUCUCGAGCUCCACGCCCUUUCGACCAUCCAGCCUAGGCGUGACAGCCUGCUGCCGCGAAGUCUUCUUCGCAAACAACAACUCCGAAAUCUGCGUCGUCGGUCCCCGGGUUCACGGAGCCGGUGCCACAGCAAUCGACUGCGCCGUCGAGCACACCCAGCAACGAACCUUCAACUCCACCUUUGACGGUCUCCGCAAGAUCGCUCGCAAUGAAGGUAUCACCACCUUAUGGCGCGGUCUCUCCCCGACCCUCGUUAUGGCCGUCCCUGCCAAUAUCAUCUACCUAACCGGCUACGACUGGCUCCGUCUUAACCCCGCCUCCCCAAUACAGCGCACCAGCGUCCGCGAUGACAUGGCCCCCUUGGUAGCAGGAAUUACAGCACGCAUGGUUGCGGCCGCCGUCGUUUCCCCCAUCGAGCUGUUUCGCACUCGGAUGCAAGCCGCGCAAGGCGGUAGUUCCUCUGAGCACCUUGCCGAAACCCUCCGCGGAGUCAAGGACAUGGUCAACACCCACGGGUACCGCUCUCUUUGGCGCGGGUUGACACUCACGCUGUGGCGGGAUGUCCCCUUCUCGGGUAUGUACUGGUGGGGAUACGAAACCAUUCGCGGGAAACUCACCGAUGCCCGUGAGCGCGGGAGGUCGACAACUCUGGAAAUGGACCUCGAUCGUGACGCGCAGAGAAGCUCCAAGGCUCGCGCGAGGAGAAGAAGCCAAAGCAGGGAGAACCACGCGGAUACUUUCACGGAUAGUUUUAUUGCCGGCGCCGCCUCGGGUGCGUUUGCAUCAGUGGCGACGAUGCCUUUUGAUGUAGGCAAGACAAGAACACAAGUAUUCAGGGACUCGGGGACAUUAGCCAAGUCGGCGGUGGGCAAUGCGGCAGUGGCACCAGAAGAACAAUCGAUGGGGAGACUGCUGUGGCACAUCUUCCGGACGGAGGGGAUGGGAGGGUUGUUUAAGGGUUGUGUACCGCGCACGCUGAAGGUGGCGCCGGCAUGUGCGGUUAUGAUCAGCAGUUAUGAGGUGGGUAAGAGGGUGUUUAGGGGGGUGAAUGAGAGGAGGAUGUUGAAGGAGGUUGGCGGUGGGGAGGAACCAGCUGCUGCUGCUUGA